GUACGUAUUUAGUACAAUUUCGGGAUUUGGCAGGAUGUAACGAACGUGUAAGAAACAGAGCGCGUCCUCCUCAGCCGUGUGUGCGAUAAUCGAACAACAAGCAACGCGACAACAAAUUCAAUAUUCAUAAUAAAAAAAAUCGUAAAAAACCUAACAAUCGCUUGAAAGCAGUUUUCAAGUGAUAUAACAAAAAAUAACGUAAUUAUAAAUGAAAUAGCAAAGAAAAAUCAGUUGGAAAAUCCCGGCAAAGUGAUUUUUUAGCCAAGUUAACCAGAAACCAAAUCGUCGAAGUCUUCGGCUUGCCUCGGUUCAAUCCCUCUCGCCCCCGCCUCUCCUUCCUACACUCGUAUGUGUACUUGUUUUUGUGAGCGUGCUUAGCCGCAAGCCGGUUUUAAAUAAGAAAUUUUCCUAUAAUUAUACCACCCACCCAAAGGAUGUGGGUUAAAAUUCGCCAUGAAACAUAAUUAACGAAGAACAACAACUGAAAAGGCCGCCGAUAAUACCCUUGGCUGGAUAAAUCGGAACACAACCGGCAAACUACGACAAGAAAAAAAAAAAAAAACAUAAAUCAAUAAGAGAAAAGAAUAAACUGCAUAUCUCAGAUUAUAUUUUAGAUAUAAAUGAUAUAUACAUGUAUAAGAGUUAUUUAAGUAUUAAGUUCAGGCUUAGGCAGGUAAAUGUAUUUUGGUCAGAUAAGUAACAACAGCUUCCCUCCACAUGGUAACCAUAAAAUGAUGCGACGACUGUAAUUGGAUUUGGAUAAAUCGGAACAACUUGCAACAAAUACAAAAUGUCGACAACAAUCAAUAUGUGUGAUCAACAACGACAACAAUUUUUACAACCGAAUGCAACGUGACGACAACAAUUGCAAAUUGUAAUAAUAAUAUUUAUAACGCAUACGACAUGUUGCUUUCGUCAUGCCAAUAAUGAUGAUGACAUCGCAUUUACUAACACGUCUUGUAAUAUCCGAUGAUUUUCGGCUUUCGAAAAUGUAUUUAACGAACGAUUGAUCGAAACACUAAUAACUACCAACUACGACUACAAAAUAUUAUAAAAAAAUCAACAAAUUUUACACACACAAACACCUUCACUAUCCCCACAACAAAAAACAACCCACACUUGUGUUGAUUUUUCCUAUUGACUUUUUGUACUGGCAACUGCAGCAAAAGCUUAAGUGCCAUUUGGCGAAAGAGUGAGUGAGUCAGUCAGCCAAAGAGUAAGUCUGACAGAGACAUAGCCUGUGUAAAUAAAACAACAACAAAAACAAAAACAAAAACAAAAACGAAAGCAUUUAAAAUUAGUUAUUGUUGUUAGCAAUUGUCGAACACCCCAAUUUCCGGCGAAAAUAUAUACAAUAAUGGGUCUGCAGAUGACAGCAGCCAGUCCUAUUGCAGCUUCCAGCCUAUUUGUGUUGUUCUUGCUCACCUGGAACCCCACGAACGUCGAUGCAGCCCAUGCAAAUUAUUCGGAUAUACCAUAUAUACAAUAUCUCACACAUCCACCGGAGAUCAUCAGGAAGCCGCAGAAUCAGGGAGUCCGUGUGGGCGGCGUUGCUAGCUUCUAUUGUGCGGCCCGCGGUGAUCCGCCUCCAUCGAUAGUCUGGCGGAAGAAUGGCAAAAAAGUUUCUGGUACCCAGUCUCGUUAUACGGUCCUGGAGCAACCCGGCGGGAUUUCCAUACUACGGAUUGAGCCCGUAAGGGCGGGACGCGACGAUGCCCCGUAUGAAUGUGUGGCGGAGAACGGAGUGGGCGAUGCCGUUUCCGCAGAUGCAACUUUAACCAUCUAUGAAGGCGAUAAAACACCCGCAGGCUUUCCGGUUAUAACCCAGGGUCCAGGCACUCGCGUCAUUGAAGUGGGUCACAUGGUCCUCAUGACAUGCAAAGCCAUCGGCAAUCCGACGCCAAACAUUUACUGGAUUAAGAAUCAGACAAAGGUUGAUAUGAGCAAUCCCCGUUACUCGCUUAAAGAUGGCUUCCUGCAAAUAGAAAACAGCCGCGAGGAGGAUCAAGGCAAAUAUGAAUGUGUGGCCGAGAAUUCCAUUGGCACGGAGCACUCAAAGGCAACCAAUUUGUAUGUGAAAGUCCGUCGCGUUCCCCCCACUUUCUCCCGCCCGCCAGAGACCAUUAGUGAGGUGAUGUUGGGAUCCAAUCUGAAUCUCUCCUGCAUAGCCGUAGGCUCACCAAUGCCGCAUGUCAAGUGGAUGAAGGGCUCUGAAGAUCUGACACCGGAGAAUGAGAUGCCAAUCGGUCGAAAUGUCCUGCAACUGAUCAAUAUCCAGGAGAGCGCCAACUACACUUGCAUAGCUGCCUCAACUUUGGGGCAAAUCGAUUCGGUUUCGGUGGUUAAAGUGCAAUCUCUGCCCACCGCACCCACGGAUGUGCAAAUCUCCGAGGUGACCGCCACUUCAGUGCGUCUGGAGUGGUCAUACAAGGGUCCCGAGGACUUGCAGUAUUACGUGAUCCAGUAUAAGCCGAAGAACGCCAACCAGGCCUUCAGCGAGAUAAGCGGCAUCAUCACCAUGUACUAUGUGGUCCGUGCUUUGAGUCCCUACACGGAAUACGAGUUCUACGUGAUAGCCGUGAACAAUAUUGGACGUGGACCGCCCUCGGCUCCAGCGACAUGUACCACCGGCGAUUACUCUUUCGGUGGGACAAAAAUGGAAAGUGCACCACGUAAUGUUCAAGUGCGCACGCUGAGCUCGUCCACGAUGGUUAUUACUUGGGAACCACCAGAGACGCCCAAUGGACAAGUGACCGGCUACAAGGUGUACUACACGACCAAUUCAAAUCAACCGGAGGCCUCUUGGAACUCCCAGAUGGUUGACAACAGCGAACUUACCACUGUUUCGGAACUGACGCCCCAUGCCAUCUACACAGUUCGAGUUCAGGCCUACACCUCAAUGGGAGCCGGUCCCAUGUCCACGCCGGUCCAAGUGAAGGCCCAGCAAGGUGUGCCAUCGCAACCGAGCAAUUUCCGGGCUACCGAUAUCGGCGAGACCGCAGUCACACUGCAAUGGACCAAGCCGACGCAUUCCAGCGAGAAUAUCGUUCAUUACGAGCUCUACUGGAAUGACACAUACGCCAAUCUGCCCCAUCACAAACGCGUUUCCAAUUCGGAGUCCUUUACACUCGAUGGCCUGUAUCCCGAUACCCUUUUCUAUAUCUGGCUGGCGGCAAGAUCACAACGUGGCGAGGGGGCCACCACACCGCCCAUUCCGGUUCGCACCAAGCAAUAUGUACCAGGUGCACCGCCUCGAAAUAUCACCGCCAUAGCUACCAGCUCGACGACGAUAUCGCUUAACUGGCUGCCACCGCCCGUCGAACGAUCGAACGGUCGGAUCAUAUACUAUAAGGUAUUCUUCGUGGAGGUUGGUCGCGAAGACAACGAGGCCACCACAUUGACCCUCAAUAUGACCAGCAUUGUGCUCGACGAGCUGAAGCGCUGGACAGAGUACAAAAUCUGGGUACUGGCCGGCACAUCCGUCGGCAAUGGUCCGCGUUCCCAUCCCAUCAUAUUGCGAACCCAAGAGGAUGUGCCCGGCGAUCCACAAGACGUGAAGGCCACGCCUUUGAACUCCACAUCGAUCCAUGUCAGCUGGAAGCCACCACUUGAGAAGGAUCGCAAUGGCAUCAUCCGUGGCUAUCACAUACAUGCCCAGGAGCUGCGAGAUGAGGGCAAGGGCUUCCUCAACGAACCCUUCAAGUUCGAUGUGGUGGAUGCGAUGGAGUUCAAUGUAACUGGCUUGCAGCCGGAUACCAAAUACUCUAUUCAGGUGGCCGCAUUGACCCGUAAAGGCGAUGGCGACCGGAGUGCAGCGAUUGUGGUGAAAACACCCGGUGGUGUGCCAGUUCGGCCAACGGUGAGUCUGAAGAUCAUGGAGCGGGAGCCGAUUGUGUCGAUCGAACUCGAAUGGGAGCGUCCGGCGCAGACGUACGGUGAACUGCGAGGCUAUCGACUUCGCUGGGGUGUCAAGGAUCAGGCACUAAAGGAGGAGAUGCUGUCGGGACCUCAGAUGACCAAGAAGCGCUUCGAUAACCUGGAACGCGGUGUAGAGUACGAAUUUCGAGUAGCGGGUAGCAACCACAUCGGUAUCGGUCAGGAGACGGUGAAAAUAUUCCAGACCCCAGAGGGUACACCCGGCGGACCGCCGUCUAACAUCACCAUUCGCUUCCAAACUCCGGAUGUACUAUGUGUGACCUGGGAUCCACCUACCAGAGAGCACAGGAAUGGCAUAAUCACCCGGUACGAUGUUCAGUUCCAUAAGAAAAUUGAUCAUGGCCUUGGAUCCGAGCGGAAUAUGACGCUCCGCAAGGCAGUGUUUACGAAUCUGGAGGAGAACACCGAGUACAUAUUCCGGGUGAGGGCUUAUACGAAGCAGGGAGCUGGACCCUUUAGCGAUAAGUUGAUCGUGGAGACGGAGCGCGAUAUGGGCCGGGCACCAAUGUCCUUGCAGGCAGAGGCCACCUCGGAGCAAACGGCUGAGAUCUGGUGGGAGCCGGUAACAAGUCGUGGAAAGUUGCUUGGAUACAAGAUCUUUUACACCAUGACCGCUGUCGAGGAUUUGGACGAUUGGCAAACGAAAACCGUUGGACUCACGGAAUCGGCCGACUUGGUAAAUCUGGAGAAGUUUGCCCAAUAUGCCGUGGCCAUUGCUGCGAGGUUUAAGAACGGAUUGGGACGACUCAGUGAAAAGGUGACGGUGCGAAUUAAGCCAGAGGAUGUGCCCCUCAAUCUUCGGGCUCACGAUGUCAGCACCCACUCGAUGACCUUAAGUUGGUCACCGCCCAUUCGCUUAACUCCGGUUAACUAUAAGAUCAGCUUUGAUGCGAUGAAGGUGUUUGUGGACUCGCAGGGUUUCUCACAGACCCAGAUCGUUCCCAAGCGAGAGAUCAUCUUGAAGCACUACGUAAAAACGCAUACGAUCAACGAACUGAGUCCGUUUACCACGUACAAUGUGAACGUUAGUGCCAUUCCAUCAGAUUAUUCCUACCGCCCGCCCACCAAGAUCACAGUCACCACCCAAAUGGCUGCUCCUCAGCCCAUGGUCAAGCCAGAUUUCUAUGGAGUGGUCAGUGGGGAAGAGAUUCUUGUGAUACUGCCCCAGGCCUCGGAGGAAUAUGGACCGAUCUCGCAUUAUUAUUUAGUCGUAGUACCUGAGGAUAAAUCGAAUCUGCAUAAGAUACCCGAUCAGUUCCUCACUGAUGACUUGCUUCCGCUCAGGAAUAAGCCGGAGCGCCCUAAUGCCCCCUACAUCGCAGCCAAGUUCCCACAGCGUUCCAUACCGUUCACCUUCCACCUGGGAUCGGGCGAUGAAAACCAUAACCUGACAAAUCGUAAGCUGGAAAGGGAGAAGCGUUACCGCAUCUUUGUAAGGGCAGUGGUAGACACGCCGCAGAAGCACCUUUACACCUCCAGUCCCUUCUCCGAGUUCUUAUCGCUGGACAUGAGGGAAGCUCCGCCAGGCGAGGGGCCCCGUCGACCUGAUCCGAAUUGGCCUGCGGAGCCGGAGGUUUCGGUAAACCGCAACAAGGACGAACCGGAGAUCCUGUGGGUGGUGCUGCCCCUGAUGGUGUCCACCUUCAUCGUGUCCACCGCUUUGAUUGUCUUGUGUGUGGUCAAGCGUCGCCGGCAGCCAUGCAAGACUCCGGAUCAAGCGGCAGUAACACGACCCUUAAUGGCUGCCGACCUGGGAGCAGGGCCAACGCCCAGUGAUCCCGUGGACAUGAGACGUCUGAACUUCCAGACGCCCGGCAUGAUCUCCCAUCCGCCCAUACCCAUAUCCGAGUUUGCCAAUCAUAUCGAGCGCCUUAAGUCCAACGACAAUCAGAAGUUUUCGCAGGAGUACGAGAGCAUUGAGCCGGGACAGCAGUUCACCUGGGACAACUCGAAUCUGGAGCACAACAAAUCCAAGAAUCGCUAUGCCAAUGUCACCGCCUACGACCAUUCCCGUGUCCAGUUGCCACCGUCAGAGGGUGUGGCCGGAUCGGACUACAUCAAUGCCAACUACUGCGAUGGCUAUCGAAAGCACAAUGCCUAUGUGGCCACCCAGGGACCUCUGCAGGAGACCUUUGUGGACUUCUGGCGCAUGUGCUGGGAACUGAAGACGGCCACCAUUGUGAUGAUGACGCGGCUGGAGGAACGAACACGCAUCAAGUGCGACCAGUACUGGCCAACACGUGGAACGGAGACCUAUGGCCAGAUCUUUGUAACCAUCACGGAGACGCAGGAACUGGCCACCUACAGCAUCCGGACGUUCCAGUUGUGCCGGCAAGGCUUCAACGAUCGGCGUGAGAUUAAGCAGCUACAAUUCACCGCCUGGCCUGAUCACGGUGUACCCGAUCAUCCUGCUCCUUUCCUGCAGUUCCUGCGCCGGUGUCGUGCUCUCACACCACCAGAAUCCGGACCUGUUAUCGUUCACUGCUCGGCAGGGGUGGGUCGAACCGGUUGUUAUAUCGUAAUCGAUUCGAUGCUAGAGCGAAUGAAGCACGAGAAGAUCAUCGAUAUCUACGGGCAUGUCACGUGCCUGCGGGCUCAACGUAACUACAUGGUGCAGACGGAGGAUCAGUAUAUCUUCAUCCACGACGCCAUUCUGGAGGCCAUUAUCUGUGGAAUGACUGAGGUGCCUGCACGCAAUCUACACACUCACCUGCAGAAACUACUCAUCACCGAGCCCGGCGAAAGUAUCUCGGGCAUGGAGGUGGAGUUCAAGAAGCUGUCCAACGUCAAGAUGGACUCAUCCAAGUUUGUAACGGCAAAUCUUCCGUGCAACAAACACAAGAAUCGCCUGGUCCACAUUCUUCCCUACGAAUCGAGUCGCGUCUACCUGACCCCCAUCCAUGGCAUUGAAGGCAGCGACUAUGUCAACGCCAGCUUUAUUGAUGGCUAUCGCUACCGAUCCGCCUACAUCGCCGCUCAAGGCCCAGUCCAGGAUGCAGCCGAGGACUUCUGGCGUAUGCUCUGGGAGCACAACUCUACUAUUGUUGUUAUGCUGACAAAGCUCAAGGAAAUGGGAAGGGAGAAAUGUUUCCAGUAUUGGCCUCAUGAGCGAUCCGUGCGCUAUCAGUAUUACGUGGUGGAUCCCAUUGCUGAGUACAAUAUGCCGCAGUAUAAGCUGCGUGAAUUCAAGGUAACCGAUGCUCGAGAUGGUUCCUCUCGCACCGUCCGGCAGUUCCAGUUCAUCGAUUGGCCAGAGCAGGGCGUACCCAAAUCGGGCGAGGGCUUCAUUGACUUUAUUGGGCAGGUGCACAAGACCAAGGAACAGUUUGGCCAAGAUGGACCCAUCACUGUGCACUGUUCGGCGGGCGUGGGUCGAUCGGGUGUUUUCAUCACGUUGAGCAUUGUUCUGGAGAGGAUGCAAUAUGAGGGAGUACUCGAUGUCUUCCAGACAGUGCGUAUACUGCGCUCCCAGCGUCCAGCUAUGGUACAAACUGAGGAUCAAUACCACUUCUGCUAUCGCGCUGCAUUGGAAUACUUGGGCUCAUUCGACAACUACACAAACUGAGGACAACUCUGAAGGGAGAAGUCCGGCCUAGAGAUCUAAAAACUCAUCGACCCUGCGUUCGUUGCAUACUUAUUUCGAACUCUACGCAUAAUACGCAUUUACGAUAUACACGGAUAUCAUAACUCUAAAGUAUUAUAGCCAGCUACUGCCCACACUUACUUAAUAACACCUAUACUUAUAUACGUGGAUAAUUUUAGUUGAUAAGCGCACACCCCGCCCGCAGAUUAUGUUCUCAUUGCGAUUCCUUUUCGGGCCACGGUCUUUUUAUGCGUUUGAUUUUAUUGAUAAUGUAAACUAAAAAAGACUGUUACACGUUUAAUUAUCAGAAAUUUAUAUAUCAGCCCAUAUGCACUUCUACGGGUGUGCAUCAAGAUUUUGCUCGCUGAAUGGAGAAGUUAGAAGGAAGUCAAUCAACUUGUUGUUCGUGGAACUGCCGCCAGAAUGGCCAUGAAUGGGGCGGACCACUGGAAACCGAUACAUAUUUGAACUAAGGACUUGGUAGCUAUUAGUCUUACCGCCUAAAUCGAAUCUCGAACGGACGGAUAGGGUCGAAAGUAGUAGCCAUUUAAUGUAAAUGGGAAAACUUCUGGCGAAUUGGCAGCAAAAUCCAAUCGCCAUUAUAAAUAUAAAAACACGUAUGAGUAAUACAAUCAAUCAAAUACUGCUAUGUUAAUCAGUUGUUAUGCCUAGGUUAUUGGAAAAUGAGUAUAAAACAAUCCGUGCAAUUAGUCAAGAGUCUCUGCAUAGUGUGCAUAUUUUAUAAGGCAGCUAGAUUAUAAAAUAGGUUUUUGACUUAAGUUUUGAUCUCCCCUAUAAAAAAAUGAAAAGAUGACGAACUUGAUGGACUGAUCAAUGUCUUGGUAGCUAACAGACGGUUCUUAUUUUGAAUAACAAUAGGAGACACAGACCUUACUUCCAGCUAAAGCAGCUAAUUGAAACUUUAACCUCAUUCCCACGACUUCUAUUCAGUAAAGUUCUAUCCCCAGUACAUUCCUGUAUAUACCACAGUCGAUACCCAAGCUAGCCACGUAUGUAUUGUGUAAUUUAGAUCGAAAAGCUAAACAAUUAUUGUACCUAAGGUGUAUGAAGGCAUAGAUAUUAACCAAGCGAACAGAUUAGAAUGAUAACUGUAGAUAUGUACUGUAGCAUAUAAUUUUUACCAUCAAAUAGGGCGACACACGCAAGAAUCAAGUUUAAACGAGAUAUUGGCAAUAGGUCAUAAGGUACAACAUAAUAAUGUAUAUACUGAUUAACUGUUUUGCAGAACCUUUAAAUUCGGCCUCGUAUUUAUAAAUCAAAAUAUAUAUAUAAUAUAUAUAUAUAUAUAUAUAUGAAAAGAAAAGUUAGCAAGCAAAUGCUUAAAAGCAAACACUAAAUUAUUAGCUGAAACACAUGUUAAACAACAAUAGUCAUAUGUAAACAAAAUAUUUAUACGAAAUAAAAGUAUUUGUUAUAACAAAUUUAGCGCGUUGCCCCAGCCAAUUGGAUCGGAAGUGUUAGGAAGUAGUAAAUUUUGCAGCAAUGUUGGCCGGCUGGGCAUGUUUGGAAUAAAACAACAGAGAGAAAGAUACUAAAUUAAACUAUAGCGCUAGCAACAAUAGAUGUCUAGAUAAAGGUACCCACGCAGAGUGUUGCAAUCGUAUUAAACAUAACAUAUAAAUCAAUUGAGAAAUACGAAUAUAAUGUAUAUUAUACAAAUUUGUCGGCUUGUCAAAUUUUGUUGAAAUAUAAAUUGUUUUAUAUGUUUUACCAAAUAGAAAGAUAUAACAAUUUUAAAGGUAACAUCAUACACAGACACAGACAAGCAAACAUUAUAAUGAUUAUACUAAUCAAGCAACAGAUGAGCGUAUGUAUUUCGCAUUAAUGUAUGAUUAAGAAUAUCAUAUUAUGUUUAAAGAUACCAUAUAAAUAGUAUAUCAUUUUCAAAAAACACUGCAAAACCGAAUGACAACAAAUAAUAAAAGAUGAAAUAAAAACUAA